CAGCAGCAGCAGCACAGCAGCAGCAGCAGCAGCACACCUCGCUCUCACAGCAGCUUCAACUUCGAAACAGACUCUGAACAAGAAACAAGACGCUUGUUGGAGGAAAUACCGACUGCUAACAGUCUCUUGGUCAACCGAGGAACACAAGCAGCGUUUCUGAGUUGGCUUAGGGUUCAAGUUGUCAUGAAGUGAACAGACCAAACCAUCUCCAAACACAAGAAGAAGAUGAAGAUAGCAAUGACACAAAUAUCUACAGCAAAUGCAAGCAGAAGAGAGAGAGAGUCGGUGUGUUCCUGUCCAGUCGGCCUCCUGGAGUGCGUCUCCCUCCUCCUCCAUCACCCCUCCCCCUUUUCUUUGUAUUUCAGCCUGAAUCUCCACUGAAGCCCACCCCCUCAAAGUCAACACACACACUCACAGCUGACUGUGAUUGGUCCACUCGCCGUCAGUCAGUGGAACGCUGUUUAAUCUUCAGUCAAAUAUAAAGCCAAGCUCAUAUGGAUGCAUAUGCUCACUUUUUCAUGGCACAUGUUGUUGAGAACAUGAGGGAGAGCAGUGAGAGAGUGAGUGAUAGACCUGCAGAGAAUGAACUUCCCAUGGCACAGGGUGGAAGUCAGUGGUGGUGAAAGAACAUGAUGUGGGACUGGCAUCAUUACACCAGGCCAAUUAUGAAUUGGACCAACAGUUAACUUUCAGGCCACUUUCAAUUUUAUAACUCUUAUAUUUUUACAUUCUAGCACCAAACGUGCCUGUGUGUGUGUUUUUUAUUACUUCAUAUUCAGACGCUUGUGUUGUAAACACACAACACCUGUAAACUGUAAACACCAGCUUCCAUCAACUACGCCAAGUUUGUGGUGGUGUUGGUCACUGAGAGUUAGAUUAUUGACUUGUGUGACUCUCUACACUGCCUGUGCUCCGGAGAUCUAUCGCCAUGGUUACUAUCCAGUCCAAAUGGCGCUAUUUUUUUAUGUUCCUGGGCAUCCAGCUGGUGGUCAUGGCUCUACUGUCCCGCGAGGGGUAUCAGAAGAGAGUCACCUACUUCAUCCGCAUUUUCCGCAAGCCUGACAGCACGAGUGCAUCAGGCCGCAACCACUCUGCAGGAGGCCUCAGUGGAGGAGAUGUGUAUGCCAACCUCUCACACCUGCCCAGAGCUCAUCGCCAUGGUGAUGACAUGCCUUACUGCCCCAAGACUUCCCCUCUGACAGGUGGGCCCAUCCAUGUGGGCUUCCCGUCAGGGCUCAGUCUGGCAGAGGUUGAGAGGAAGAAUCCACUGGUGGUACGGGGAGGACGUUACAGGCCGCCCGACUGUGAGGCGAGGCAUCGCACCGCCAUCAUCAUCCCUCACAGACACAGAGAACACCACCUCAAGUUCCUGCUCUAUUACUUACACCCGUUCCUGCAGAGACAGCAGCUCAGCUAUGGAGUUUACAUCAUUCAUCAGGCUGGAAACUACACGUUCAACAGAGCCAAGCUGAUGAAUGUGGGUUUCCGUGAGGCCAUGAGGGAGGAGGACUGGGACUGUCUCUUCUUCCAUGACGUGGACCUCAUUCCAGAGGACGACCGGAACAUGUACGUGUGCGACUCCAACCCUAAACAUGCAGCAGUCGCUAUGGACAAGUUUGGCUACAAGCUUCCAUACAAGAUGUACUUUGGAGGCGUGUCCGCUCUGACUCCACUGCACUACCUCAAAAUGAACGGAUUUCCCAACAACUACUGGGGCUGGGGCGGGGAGGACGAUGACAUCGGACUCAGAGUGACUCUGGCAGGGAUGUACAUCACUCGUCCAUCGCUGCAGGUCGGCCGUUACAAGAUGAUCAAACACAAGCUGGACAAAGGAAAUGAUGUGAACCCCAAAAGGUUUAACAUGCUGACUAAAACACGUCACACCUGGAAGUUGGACGGAAUGAACACGGCUGAAUAUGAGAUCAUGUCGAGGCACCACCUGCCUCUCUACACCAACAUCACCGUCCACAUCGGCACGGAGGAAGGUCUGCAUCCUCACGCACCUGCAGCUCCUCCCAACAACGCUGCAGCUCCUCCCAAAAACGCUGCAGCUCCUCCCAACAACCCUGCAGCUCCUCCCAACAACCCUGCAGCUCCUCCCAACAACCCUGAAGCUCCUCCCAACAACCCUGCAGUCAAAGCAGCGGCUAAACACAAGUGAGGCCUCGGUCCUCGUGUUUUAUGGUGACGUUAUUUCAGCAGCAUCAUCCUCUCACUGUGUCCUGUGGAAGCUUUUUCAUUUGCUCGGACUCCCCACAGUGCUGCUGAUCCACCAGAGUCAGUGCUGCUGAUCCACCAGAGUCAGUGCUGCUGAUCCACCAGAGUCAGUGCUGCUGAUCCACCAGAGUCAGUGCUGCUGAUCCACCAGAGUCAGUGCUGCUGAUCCACCAGAGUCAGUGCUGCUGAUCCACCAGAGUCAGUGCUGCUGAUCCACCAGAGUCAGUGCAGUUGAUCUCCAUGUGCCCUCUGCUGGUAUAAAAUAUAACUACAAAGUAUCUGGAGAAAGGAAACAAAUUAAAUGAAGGACAUUUUUGUUAAAAUUAUUAAUGACAAUUCUAGAUUACUGGUGAAUUUAUGGCAUAAUUCAGAUUAUUUCAUGGACUCUAAACUAUACUUGGUCUACAUGUUGACAGGAUGGUAGACGUCAGUCUUCAGUCGUCAGCUGUGAGCCUCAGUCAGAAGUGAAGAAGCCUCUUGAGUCGAGUCGCCCACAGCUAACUAAGUAAAAAUGUGUAAUGGAAGGAAACGGUUAUGGAAGCAACGAUCAGCAGCCUCACAGAAGAGUCUAGUGCAAAGUUAAAUACAAUAACUUGUUUUUCUUCUUCAAUCCAAACUGCUCAUAUUAAUCCAGUCUUUAUCUAAACCUGAUCUAACUGUGAGUGACAGUGCUGAAGAUGAAGAAGACGAGCUGCUCUUUGUACGUUAAGCUUUAUGAAGAAUCAAAUGGGCGUGACUUUGUCGACUUUGUUCCGACAUGACUGAUAAUUCUUCCAAAGGAAACCACAGCAAAAAGCAAAGGCUAAAAAUUGGACUCUAUGAGUUUUAUAUCUAUAGCGCCGCAGUCGCUGCUUAAACCUUGUGAUGCCUUAAAACCCUUUGAUUCACAUUUACACGUGUAUAUGUAUGUGUGUAUAUGUGUGUGUGUAUAUAUAUAUAUAUAUAUGUAUAUAUAUAUAUAUACAUAUAUAUACACAUCAUUUAGCUCACACACUGUGACAGAUUUGUCUCAAAGCCACUGAACGUGUGAGUGAUGGUGUUUUAGUGAGAACUAAAGUCUUCUACUUGACUUAUUUUUUGCCUGCGUCUUAUUGAAUACAAUGAUAUUAGUGAGAAUCAGUUGCUUAUAUUCCAGCACAUCCACUCUCACAUGUUUUAAACAAAAGGAUUAGAUGAUUGUAAAUUUGCCUUUAGAUGAGCUUGUAAUUCACAUUACAGUGGAAAAGAAAGAUAAAUCUGCGAUUGCUAUUGAUGUUUUGCUUCUGCAUUGAGGUCAUGUGACCGGAUUCUUGCAGAACACAGACAUGUGAUGACGGUCUGUGUCACGCUCCAUAUGUUGGGUGAUUUCUAGAAAGCUGAAUUUUUCCAGUUCAUUGGUGAUCUCUGUUCUUUCCUCGUUCACCGUCACCAGUGACUGAGUUUAUUUUCUGUAAUGAAAACUAUCUUUGUCAUUGUGGUAAAUGGUCAGUCACUGGUUAACAGUGUAAUAUCAUUUUCAUAUGAUAUGUACACGGUACUGACCUCACGCACAAACACGGUAGCAUCUUCAUAUCAUGACAGACAGUGCUCAUGUUUGGUGAAGCAGAAACUAAACGUUCAUUUACUGAGUCGAGUCGACUUGAUUGAGAUCGAAUAAGAGGAAAAUGUACAAAGAAGUUCAUGAAAUCACCGUUAGUUUUUGAUGUGGAAAACCUCAGCAGUCAGAACAUGUGUCUUUAUCAUUUCAUUCCGCUCUCUAUAAAUUCUUCAGCACAGUCCAGAGUUGCCUUAAAUGUAUGAAUAAACAGAUUCUAUCAAAGUAAA